CGUGUUCCUUAAAUUCGUGCGGGUCCUUUACGAAAUUGGCGUAAUUCGCAAAAUACCGCGAGUGUGAUGUGAAUGAAAGAAAACCGCUGGAGAUUUGCAAUUAUUUUGAUUGGACCCAUGUGAAGGUUUUAGCGAUGGAAUAAAUUGUGCUACAGUGCCAGUUUGGUGGAAAAAAGGAUAUUUUUAUUGACGUGGCAUCUGUUCCAUUGAUUUGUAAAGGAGUCUUUGAAUUUACGAUAAGAAAAGGAAAAAUAUAAUUGUAUAAAAAAAAUCAGAACCAGAUGCCAGUAAGAUAAGGGCUUGAGCAACACACAAAAAAAACAAAAAUUUUGCAAAAAAAGCAUUUCCAAGUGUUGGAUUUGGAUAAAUCUUUCCGAUUGAGUACGUGAUUUAGCUAUGCAACAAGAAUGGGUUCGUUUUUAGAUAAACCAAAGACAGAUAAAUACAAUGAGCAUGGCGAGGGAAAUGGACUCCGUUUUGGCGUGGGCUCCAUGCAGGGAUGGCGCUGUGAAAUGGAGGAUGCUCACUAUGCCAAGACGGGCUUAGGUGGUCGCCUCGAAGAUUGGAACUUUUUUGCAGUCUUCGAUGGGCAUGCGGGUGUUAAGGUGUCGGAACACUGCGCAAAGCACCUCCUUGAAUGCAUCAUACAGACGGAAGAAUUUAAGCAGGAUGACAUUGUUAAGGGCAUUCACACGGGUUUUCUCAAACUCGAUGAAAUGAUGCGAGAUCUUCCGGAAUUGGCAUCUGGUGCAGACAAGUCUGGCACAACGGCCGUAUGUACAUUCAUCUCACCAGAUGAUAUUUAUAUUGCAAAUUGUGGCGAUUCACGUGCUGUGCUAUGUCGUAAUGGUGUACCCAUCUUCACCACGCAAGACCACAAACCCGUACUGCCGGGCGAAAAGGAGCGCAUCCAAAAUGCAGGUGGUUCGGUUGUGAUUCAGCGCGUCAAUGGUAGUCUCGCCGUGUCAAGAGCUCUUGGAGAUUAUGAGUACAAAAAUGUUAAGGAUCUGGGACAGUGUGAGCAAUUGGUAUCACCAGAACCAGAAAUAUUUCAUCACAAUCGCGAUCAAGCUGACAAUUUCCUAGUUCUCGCUUGCGAUGGAGUUUGGGAUGUCAUGAACAACGAGGAUGUUUGCAGUUUUAUUCACUCUCGACUCCAAAUUACAAACAAUUUGGAAGAAGUAGCUAACCAAGUGAUUGAUACAUGUUUACACAAGGGAAGCCGUGACAAUAUGAGCAUAAUAAUAAUAGUAUUUCCGGGUGGACCCAGCCCCUCACAAGAAGCAAUUCAGGCAGAAACUGAACUUGAGGCCCAUCUAGAGAAAGCUAUUAAAGAAAUUAUAGAUUCUACACCUGGUUUGGACUACGAAAAUCUACUACAGCGUCUCUAUGAUGAACAUAUUCCUGGAUUACCACCAGGUGGUGGAUUAGUGUCCAAGUGUAGAUUCAUAGCGAAAAUCUUCAAGCAGCAUUAUCCACAUUUGGCAGAAGUUACCUGCGAAGUAGGUUGCAUGUAAAAGGGAGAAUUGUGAGAAUAAAGAAAACACUACAUAUUAGUUUUGGAAGUGUUAUUAUUGAAUCACAAUAACAAGAGGAUCGGAACACAAGAGAUUAGCACACAAAUAAGGGUUCACAAUGACGGUGGAAAAAAAUAUAGCAUAAAAAAAUGAAGAGCUAAUGAAAAACCCAUUGGACAAGAUUGUAAAGGAAAUUUGACUGGGAUGAUUUACUAUCUAAAAUUAUAAAAAAACACCUUUUCAUUUAGUAAAAUAUUCAAUAAUAAUAAUGAAAAAAAAGAAGAGUAUAUUAAUAUAAGGAUAAAUUCAGAUGAAUAAUAACAUGGUUUAUAAGUAGUGAGGGUGAAAUUUUCUAUUGCAUCAAAAGUUGAGAGAAUUGCAUGCAGCAAAGAAAAAUCAACAAGUUCUUUUUUUUUUGUAAAUAAAAACAAGAAUUGGAUUGUUAGAAUCACACAUAAAACAAGAAAAAAAAUCAAUGUAAUUUUAACUUCCUUUGCUCUAGAAAAACAAAUGACCCCGCAGUAAACUAGAAAAAAUGGAAUUGUCUUGAAAGAGAUUACCAAAAAUACGUAUUUUAGCGUGUAUAUUUCCUUUGAACAUUUGAAUUGAGAAUGACCAAAACAUUUUUGAAAAAUCAUAAAAGAUCUUGAAAAAAAAGGCAUUUUCAGAGCUUUCUCAAACGGUAGCCUCAGUUGAAACAAUAAGGAUGAUCAUACAUAUUAUUUAACAUAAUUCAAUUUUAAUGAAUGGAUUUAUAGACGCUAAAAUACGUUGAUUUUCUAAAUGGACAUCUUUUUCAAGUAAAAAUAUGAAGGGGAGUUUAUUCGUUCUCUGCCAAAUUUUGGUUUUUGAUAAAUUGUCGGUAUAUUUUUGUUUAUUUUCUAUUUUACUUCUUUUUCAAAUUAAAUCAAAUACCAUUUCAUAACAAUUUAGCACCAAACCAAUAAUUUACAUUGGCUGGACUGAACUUCCCUAUUGGUUCAUGUGCUAUGAAAUCUUUUGAAAAAGUUUCAAAAAUAUUUGACAUUUUUUUUAAAUAGACUUUUUAAUUGAAUUGAAUUUGUAUAAUGAAAUUUACGCUACAUAUGAACCAAAUAAUCUAUUUUUUAGUAAUACUGUAAACACAAACAACUUGUGGAUAGUUCUUUUGUGUAUUUUUACAUACAAUUUAUUGAAACAACAAUGUUACCUUAAUCUUUUGUCUUCGAAGAUUUUUUUUGGGGCCACUCAUAUGUAUCUAAUAAACUUAAAUAUAUAACUUUUAUUAGAUAAUUUUCAUAGUUUGGCUAGUAAUUGUUACUUUUUUUUUUUGUAAAACCUGAAACAGUUCUUUUGAAAACAUUGUACACAGAAGAGGCUGUGUGUGACCAUAUUUUAUCUUAAUGAUUUUGUCUAAUUAUAAUAUAGUAAAAUGUGAAUUAUAGAAAGGAAAGUAAGAAAAAAAAAGUAAAUCGUUCUACGGAUUGAAUAGAAUUAAUUGGUGUUCUUAUCACUUGAAUUCAAAAGAGUAGAUUAUUUUCAUUUAUUUGAUUUCUUUCCUUACCAUUCCCAGUCAAUAUUGGUUUCUUUCGAGUGUUAAUUUAUUGCCAAAGAUUCUAUUCAAUUCGAGUUGCGAUUUUUGUUUUAUUUUUUAAAUAAAUAUGUGUCACACAAAUUUUUAGAAUUACCUUUUUUAUAUUUCAUGUUGAAGAGGAUAAAUGUGAAAAGUUAGUUUUCAAACGAAAGCAAUUGCUAUAACCUACUUUAGCUAUUUUUUUUAACUUUAUCUAUUUACUUUUUAUCUUACUGUGUACUCAUAAGAAUUUAAAGGAUUUUUCAAUUUUUAUUUUUAAUAUUUUUUUCUCAUUAUUUUACAGAAAAAUUCAAAAUACAGAAGAAAAUUUUUAAAUAAAGUUUUUAAAUAUUCGUAUACAAUAGAACAGAGAGAUUUACACAAUUUAAAUAAAAAAGAAAAAAAAUGUCAACCUGUCUGCAAAUUUUACAAAAAAAUAAUACAAAGGGAAACCUUAAUCCAUUUUUUUUUGCUUCAUUAGUCUUGUCUGAACUUUUUAUUAUAUUUCUUUAUUUGAUUUUCUUUUUUUUUAGUUAGUUCUCUUUCCACGAUUUCGAUAAUUUUUAAUUAAAUCCCUCAUCUUUGAUAACACAGAGGCAGUACUUACCAAAAUAAAUUAAAUAUCUUUCAUCAAAAUCAUUGAGCGUAAAAUUUUAUGCGCUUCAAUUAAAAGAAAUUUGUUCCUAAAUUAAUAAGUAUCCCCUAUGAUAAAACAACAUAUCAAAACUUUUGAGAAUUUUGCAAUGACAUUUAAUGUAAUGUUACAAAUUUGAGAAAGAAUAUUUCAAUUUCAUAUUAAUUUUCUUAAAAAGGUGUUUUUUAUGUCUUUGCAAUCUUUAAAUUGAAUAAAAUUUCAAAGUUUAACGUAAAAAAAAUUUUGAUAAAAAUCAAAUAUUCAGUAAGUAAUGAAAAAUCAUUGCAACGUUUUACAUGCAGACAAGAAUGUCUCAUUGAAGGUUAAGCAUUCAAGAACACAAAGUGAAUGCCUCAAGUUCUAACUUUUCUCUUUUUUUAAGUGAUGUUUGCUCUCACUUUCAGCAUAAAACUGAAAAAGAGCCCAUUUUGCAAGAUCAAAAUUUAUUUUUCUUCCCCCCAAAGAUGAAAGAUAUUUUUUAUUUAAAUUUAAAUUCUGCGGAUGUGAAUACAAACUGUAAAAACAAACAUUCAAAAAUCCAAAAUAUUAAUGAAACACAUCAGACAUUUUCACACGCCUACGCUAAAGACAUCUUUUGUAAGUUUCAUAUUGAAUACAGACAAUAUUUUUACAUGAGAAAAACAAAAUUUAUUGUAAAUUAAAGAAGAAGAAAAAGUAAAUAAAUAGCAAAGGGGAAAGUGAAUUUGCAGGGGAUGUAAGACAGAAGGAUAAAAAGAAAAAUAUUUAUAAUAAGUGACAUAAAAAAAUGAAGAAAGAAAUAUUGUAAGAAGUAGAGAUAAUGUGAAUAAUCAUGGUAGUGUAAAGUUGAAUUCAUUAGAAAUUUCAUCAAUAAAAAAAUGAAGAAAAUAGUUAUUCAUGUAAACAAGAGAGUAUCUGUAAAAAAAAAAAUAAAAUAAUGAUUAGCGAAUAUUAAGCAAAAAAAAACUUAGUGGAGGAUGAAGAAAAUCAAUUUAAUAUAACAAGAAAAAAUGAG